AUGAAGGAAUCUAAACGAUUAACUGAAUCUUUUUCCGCGUCUAAUAAAACAGUUGAAAAUCCAACAACCCAUGAAUCUUUACCAUCAACGUCUAAAUCACUAAAUAAUGUCAGCAAGGAUAUAGAUAGUGUUUGGGGGAAAUGGUAUAAGAGUUCUAGGCACGUGAAUACAAAUUCUGACGAGCGCACGACGACGACGACGACGACCACCACCACCGCGACGACCACCACCACCUCGACGACCACCACCACCUCGACGACCACCACCACCUCGACGACGACGACGACGACGACCACCACCUAUUCAUCUUGUACAGAAGAAGAUAAUAAUGUAUCUUUAUCGUCCAAUUCUAAUGAAAUAAAUUCAGUAAAUGAGAUUGAAGAUAAUGAAGAGUUUGAUUUAUUGGAAGACUUAACGACACUUUCGUGCGUUCAGGGUAGUUUAGAACUAACUAAUUUCGACAAAAUAACAACAGAAAUUAAGCCUGACAGUCCUUUUACGAUUGUAACCGAUUCCUAUGGCAAGGAAUUAAUA